CCAAUGAAGCUACAAUUAAUGACCGGAGCAGUCCUAUAAAUACCAACGCUUAAUUCGCAUUUCAUCUCACUCUAUCUUCAAAUCAAUCUUGAGAGCUGACAGAGAGAGAAGCAGAAGGAGCAAUGGCAGCAGAGAAGGAACUGAAGCUGCUGGGUUUCUGGAUCAGCCCUUUCAACAUCCGAUGCAGGAUCGCACUGGCGGAAAAGGAGCUGGAGUACGAGUACAAGGAGGAGAAUCUCGCGGAGAAGAGCGAGCUUCUGCUGAAAUCAAAUCCGGUGCACAAGAAGAUCCCCGUGCUGCUCCACCACGGUAAACCUAUCUGCGAAUCCCUCAUCAUAGUCCAGUACAUUGACGAGGUCUUCCCCAGCAGAGGAAAAGCCCCACUCCUCCCCUCCGAUCCCUACGCCCGCGCCCUUGCCCGCUUCUGGGCUGACUUCAUUGACAAAAAGACCUUCGAUUGUGCCAUCCGGCUCUCAAGGCUGAGGAAGGGCGAGGAACUUGAGGAGACCAAGAAGGAGUUCAUGGAGAACCUGCGAACGCUUGAGGGGGUGCUCGGGGAGAACAAGUACUUCGGAGGCGAGGACUUUGGGUUGGUGGACAUCGCACUAGUUCCUUUCACCUCCUGGUUCUACAGCUUCGAGUCCUUCGCCGACUUCAGCGUGGAGCAGGAAUUCCCCAAGCUAGCGGCAUGGGGGAAGCGCUGCCUGAAGCGGGAGAGUGUCGCUCAGUCUCUCCCUGAUCCUAAGAAG